AUGGCAUCUCGCAUCCUGGCAAACCUCCUGGUGAUGGGUUCCGGCGCGGUCUUCCGAGCGAUGUCACAAGCGUGGCAAAAAGCGUUGGAAAAUGCGCGGAAAUCCGGCGUCACCGCGGAAACGGCGAAAGAGGCGGUGAACAAGUCAAAGUCGUCUCUGAGCGCGAUGAUGCCGAUCGAAGAGGCGAGGAAAGUCCUCGAUGUAACCGAACACGCGACGAAAGAUGAAAUGCUACAGAAGUUUCAAACGAUGUUUCGUAAGAACGAAGGGGUCUCGUUUUACGUGCAGAGUAAAUUGGUCAGGGCGAAAGAGCAGUUAGGGAAAACGCAGUUCGGGAUGGAGGAAGAGGAAUGGUCCAGAGAUCCAAGAGAAGAAGAGACUAAAGAAAACAAAGAAGAAAAAGAAAAGAAACUGGACGAAGGGAACGGUGGUGGUCACAGGACGGAAACGGAAACGAAAGAGAAGGAAUCAUCGUAA